UGCUAAGUAACUAAUCACACAUUCAAUUGUAAUGGUCUUGCUUGAAUUUUGUAGGCAGUAUGUUCUGCUGAUUCCUUCUGUUCUACAAGAAGGCUCUUUGGAUAAAACUUGUGCCCAGCUUUUUAAUCUCACUGAAUCUGUUGUUUUGACGGUCUCCCUCAACUAUGGUGAGGUCCAGACCAAAAUAUUUGAAGAAAAUGUUACUGGAAAAAAUUUCUUCAAAUGCAUCAGCUUUGAGGUUCCUCAGGCCAGAUCUGACCCACUGGCAUUUAUUACAUUUUCUGCUAAAGGAGCCACUCUCAACCUGGAAGAGAGGAGAUCUGUGGCAAUCAGAUCCAGAGAGAAUGUGGUCUUCGUACAGACUGAUAAACCCACCUACAAGCCUGGACAGAAAGAUGUAAAUGGCAUCGCUCAGUUUUUCUUGGACACAUAUACGUUUACAUACCCAAAUAUCACUUUGAAAGAUCCUCAAAACAAUCGGAUUUUUCAAUGGCAAAAUGUGACUUCUUUCCGAAAUAUUACCCAACUCUCGUUCCAACUGAUUUCAGAACCAAUGUUUGGAGAUUACUGGAUUGUUGUGAAAAGAAACUCAAGGAAGACAGUGACACACCAAUUUGCUGUUAAAAGAUAUGUGCUGCCCAAGUUUGAAGUUACGGUCAAUGCACCACAAACAGUAACUAUUUCAGAUGAUGAAUUCCAAGUGGAUGUAUGUGCUAAGUACACCUUUGGCCAACCUGUGCAAGGGAAAACCCAAAUCCGGGUGUGCAGAGAGUAUUUUUCUUCAAGCAAUUGUGAGAAAAAUGACAAUGAAAUAUGUGAGCAAUUUAUUGCACAGUUGGAAAAUGGUUGUGUUUCUCAAAUUGUAAAUAGAAAAGUCUUCCAACUCUACCGUUUGGGAUUGUUCAUGACAUUUCAUGUCGCUGUAAUUGUUACAGAAUCUGGGACAGGUAAUUACUGUAUGCAGAUCAGUGAGAAGACCUCAGUUUUUAUCACUCAAUUGCUUGGAACUGUAAACUUUGAGAACAUGGAUACUUUCUAUAGAAGAGGGAUUUCUUAUUUUGGAACUCUUAAAUUUUCGGAUCCCAAUAAUGUACCUAUGGUGAACAAGUUGUUGCAACUGGAGCUCAGUGAUGAAUUUAUAGGAAAUUACACUACAGAUGAGAAUGGCGAAGCUCAAUUUUCCAUUGACACUUCAGACAUAUUUGAUCCAGAGUUCAACCUAAAAGCCACAUAUGUUCGACCUAAGAGCUGCUAUCUUCCCAGCUGGUUGACGCCUCAGUACUUGGAUGCUCACUUCUUAGUCUCACGCUUUUACUCCUGAACCAACAGCUUCCUGAAGAUUGUUCCAGAACCAAAGCAGCUUGAAUGUAAUCAACAGAAGGUUGUUACUGUGCAUUACUCCCUAAACAGUGAAGCAUAUGAGGAUGAUUCCAAUGUAAAGUUCUUCUAUUUGAUGAUGGUAAAAGGAGCUAUCUUACUCAGUGGACAAAAGGAAAUCAGAAACAAAGCCUGGAAUGGAAACUUCUCGUUCCCAAUCAGCAUCAGUGCUGAUCUGGCUCCUGCAGCCAUCGUGUUUGUCUACACCCUUCACCCCAGUGGGGAAAUUGUGGCUGACAGUGUCAGAUUCCAGGUUGACAAGUGCUUUAAACACAAGGUUAACAUAAAGUUCUCUAACGAGCAGGGCUUACCUGGUUCCAAUGCUAGUCUCUAUCUUCAAGCGGCCCCUGACUUAUUGUGUGCCCUCGGGGCUGUGGAUAGGAACGUCCUUCUACUGAAAUCUGAACAACAGCUGUCAGCUGAAAGUGUGUAUAACAUGGUUCCAAGUAUAGAGCCGUAUGGUUAUUUCUACCAUGGCCUCAAUCUUGAUGAUGGCAAGGAAGACCCUUGCAUUCCUCAGAGGGAUAUGUUCUACAAUGGUUUAUAUUACACACGUGUAAGCAACUAUGGGGAUGGAGAUAUCUAUAAUAUUGUCAGAAACAUGGGUCUAAAAGUCUUUACCAAUCUCCAUUACCGAAAACCAGAAGUAUGUGUGAUGGAGAGAAGGCUGCCACUCCCUAAGCCGCUUUAUCUAGAAACAGAAAAUGAUGGUCCAAUGCAUAGUGUUCUGUCUAGAAUUGCAUCUAGUGGAAUCAGAGGGGAGAAUGCUGACUAUGUAGAACAGGCUAUAAUUCAAACAGUAAGAACAAACUUCCCAGAGACAUGGAUGUGGGACCUCGUCAGUGUUGAUUCCUCAGGCUCUGCCAAUCUUUCGUUCCUCAUUCCUGAUACGAUAACCCAAUGGGAGGCAAGUGGCUUUUGUGUGAAUGGCGACGUUGGAUUUGGCAUUUCCUCUACAACCACUCUAGAAGUCUCCCAACCUUUCUUUAUUGAAAUUGCCUCACCCUUUUCGGUUGUUCAAAAUGAACAAUUUGAUUUGAUUGUCAAUGUCUUCAGCUACCUAAAUACAUGUGUAGAGAUUUCUGUUCAAGUGGAGGAGUCUCAGAAUUAUGAAGCAAAUAUUCAUACCUGGAAAAUCAAUGGCAGUGAGAUUAUUCAAGCUGGAGGGAGGAAAACAAACAUCUGGACUAUUAUACCUAAGAAAUUGGGUAAAGUGAAUAUCACUGCAGUUGCUGAGUCCAAACAAAGCAGUGCUUGCCCAAAUGAAGGAAUGGAGCAGCAAAAGCUAAACUGCAAAGAUGAAUUCCCAUGGAGGCUUUUCUUCCAACCAGGGAGGAAGAGGAUGAUAUUACUCCCAAUACAGACGGGUGUACACCUUCUGUACACCAAGGGUGUCCACCUGUCUGUGAAACAGUUCAUAAUCUCCAGAGGGGGAGAUGAUAUUACUCACAAUAUGCCGGGGGUGGGAGGGGCUGGCUCUCAGUCCCCGCCUCGUGAAGAGUGCCUCGCCCGCUGCGAUGUCAGUUCUAAGACACAGGCGGGGAAGAGGUGCUGGCUCUCAGUCCCCGCCUCGCGGGGGUUGCCACGCGCCUGCAUUGGGGGUCCUAAGAGCCAUGGGGUGGAAGAGGGGCUGGCUCUCAGUCCCCGCCUCGCGGGGGAUGCCACCUCCCCCCUACGAUGGGGUCCUGAGAGCCAGAUUGAAAAAGGGGCUGGCUCUGAGUCCCCGCCUCGUAGGGGGUGCCUCACCCCCUGCGAUGGGUGUCUUAAUAGCCAGCGGCGGGAGAGGGGCUGGCUCUCAGUCCCGGCCUCCUGGGGUGUGUCUCCUCCUCCUGCGAUGGGGGUCCUAAUAGCCCGGGGGGGAGAGGCGCUGGCUCUCAGUCCCCGCCUCGUGGGGGGUGCUUCCCCCCGCCGCGAUGGGGGACCUAAGAGCCAGGCGGGGAAGAGGGGCUGGCUCUCAGUCCCCGCCUCGUGGGGGCUACCUCCCCCCCCUGCGAUGGGUGUCCUAAGAGCCAGGGGGAAAGAGGGGCUGGCUCUCCGUCCCCGCCUCGCGGGGGUGCGUCCCCCCUCUGCAAUGGGGGUCCUAAUAGCCCGGGGGGGAGAGGCGCUGGCUCUCAGUCCCCGCCUCGUGGGGGGUGCUUCCCCCCCCCGCGAUGGGGGACCGAAGAGCCAGAGGGGGAAGAGGGGCUGGCUCUCAGUCCCCGCCUCGCGGGGGAUACCUCCCUCCCCUGCGAUGGGUGUCCUAAGAGCCAGGGGGAAAGAGGGGCUGGCUCUCAGUCCCUGCCUCGCGGGGGCUGCCUUCGGACCCCUGUCGGAUAGUAAAUCCCAAGUAAGGUACCUGCCGUCGGCAGAUCUGAUCUUUCUUCUUGGACAUCUAAAACCCACAGUCCUCCAGGUGGGUGCUAAGGAUCUUAGAAUCCGCAGUGGGGGUCCUAAUCCAGCUGCAUUCCGACCCCUGUCGGAUAGUAAAUCCCAUGUAAAGUACCUGCCGUCGGCAGAUCUGAUCUUUCUUCUUGGACAUCUAAAACCCACAGUCCUCCAGGUGGGUGCUAAGGAUCUUAGAAUCCGCGGUGGGGGUCCUAAUCCAGGUGGGGAAGAGGGACUGGCUCUCAGUCCCCAACUCUCGGGCUGUGUCUUCCCCCCUUGCGAUGGGGAUCCUAAAAGCCAGGGGGGGAAGAGGGGCUGGCUCUUAGUCCCCGCCUCGCUGGAAGUGCCUCCCACCCCUGCGGUGCGUGUCCUAAGAGCCAGGGGGAAAGAGGGGCUAGCUCUCAGUCCCCAACUCGCGGGGGGUGCCUCCCCCCCUGCGAUGGGGGUCCUAAGAGCCAAGGGGAGGAAUGGGGGCAGGCUCUCGAUCCCCGCCUCUCGGGGGGUGCCUCCCCCCCUUGCGAUCGGGGUCCCAAGGGCCGGGGGGGAAGAGGGGCUGGCUCUCAGUCCCCGUCUCUCGGGUGGUGCCUCCCCCCACUGCGAUGGGGGCCCUAACAGCCGGAGGUGGGAGGGGCUGGCUCUCAGUCCCCGCCUCGUGAAGAGUGCCUCCCGCGCUGCGAUUAAAUCCCAAGUAAGGCACCUGCGGUCGGCAGAUCUGAGCUUUCUUCUUGGGCACCUAAUACCCUCAGUCCUCCAGGUGGGUCCUCAGGAUCUUAGGAUCCGCGAUGGGGAUCCUAAGAGCCAGGGGGGGAAGAGGGGCUGGCUCUCAGUCCCCGCCUCGCGAGGGGUGCCUUCCCCCCCUACGAAGGGGGUCCUAAGAUUCGGGGGGGAACAGGGGCUGGCUGUCAGUCUCCACCUCGCGGGGGGUGCCUCCCCUCCCUGCGAAGGGUGUCCUAAGAACCAGGGGGGCAAGAGUGGCUGGCUCUCAGUUCCCGCUUCCCGGGAGGUGCCUCCCCCCGCUGCGAUGGGAGUCCUAAGAGCCAGGGGUGAGCCAGGGGUGAAGAUGGGCUGUCUCUCGGUCCCUGGCUCGCGGGUGGUGCCUACCCCCCUGCGAUGGGGGUCCCAAAAGCCAGUGGGGGAAGAGGGGCUCUUCUCUAAGAAUCAAAACACUGUCACCUUUAGCAGUGAAGGAUCCAGUGAGAUUUUCCAGGUUAACGGUCAUAACCGCCUACUGGUCCAACGUUGAACACAGGCACGUGGACAAUACACAGUAGAUGUGGAAGGACACGGUUGUACAUUUAUCCAGGCCACCCUUAAGUACAAUGUUCUCCUACCUAAGAAGGCAUCUGGAUUUUCUCUUUCCUUGGAAAUAGUAAAGAACUACUCUUCGACUGUUUUUGACCUCACAGUGACCCUCAAAUACACUGGAAUUUGCAAUAAAUCCAGUAUGGUGGUUAUAGAUGUAAGAAUGCUAUCAGGAUUUACUCCAACCAUGUCAUCCAUUGAAGAGGUAAAUAAUAGAAGCCUAAUCUUUCAGCACAAAGACAGCUACAUAGAGUAUAAAGAUAAAAUAAAUACUUGUUUAGCCGUAGUUUAGCAAAACAAAACUAUAGAAUUCUUCUUCAACAUUCACCUUUGUAUUUUUGCGCUAACACUGGAGAGCUGGUUUACUUAAUUUGUACCAAUUAGCGGUCAGUAUUUCCCAUGGUUCAUCAUAUAUUUUUCUUUAGUUGCUACCUGUGUUUAUGAAAACAUCAUGGCACCAAGGAAUGUUCCAUAAAACAGAAUGUGACGUAGAAAAGAGUGGACAUGCAGUUCUGCAUUGGCGCUGUCAUUUGUUCUAAUAUCUAUUCUCUAUCCUUCCCUAACAAUUUCU